AUGAAUGAAGAAUUGGAAGAUUUCCUUGUUAUAAGAAAAAAGACAGAGGGCUCAUAUUUUAUGAGUGAAAAAUCAAAUGAUCAUGUUAUGCAUAAAGAAGCUAUGAAUUCUUUUGACUCUGAAUUUGAGUCAGAUGUAUUAGGAAGCCACGAUAAUACAUCAUUCCAAACUGAAAUUGGACCAUCAUCCUUAUUUUCUGGAAAAGAGUUUGAUACAUGGGAAGAAUGUGAGCUAUUUCUCAAUAAAUUGGUAAAGAAUAGAGGAUUUCAUCUUGUUAAAGAUCACAUUUGUCGAGAAAAUGGAGUUCUUCAUCGAAGAACUUAUCUAUAUGAUCAUGGAGGCUUUUAUGAAUCAAAUACAGAAAAGGAUACAAAUACUAAAAAGACCUAG